AUGACAUCGUUCUCGAGAGAGCUGCCUGGUGUAGCUGUCAUCACAGGAGCUGGAGGAACUGGCAUCGGCGCCGCCGUUGCCAAAGGUUUUGCGCGUGCAGGUUGUUCAAGGAUUGCAAUCACCGACAUCAACCCGAAGACGCUCGCUCAGACCAGAGCUGCCAUAUUGAGCAUCAACUCUGCCGCUCAAAUACUGGACACGGCAGGAGACAUCUCUGAUGAGAAGUUUGUUGACGCAUUCCACGACGAAACGUUCGCCAAGUUUUCGCGAAUCGACUAUGCCGUCAAUUGCGCAGGAAUACUAGGUGGAGAUGUCAUCAAGGCAGUCGAGAUGACCAUGGAAGCGUUUGACAGACUUAACAACAUUAAUUACCGAGGCUCAUGGCUCAGUUGCCGCGCCCAAUUGAGAAACAUGUUGAAGCAGGAGCCGCUUCAGGAGCAUUCUAAGCAAAGAGGCUCCAUCGUCAAUAUUGCGAGCCAGCUAGGCGUUGUAGCGAGGCCAGGUGCUGGUCAGUCAACGUCUUGA